UAUAGAAAAGGAAACAAAACAAAAAAAAAAACACAAAAUUUACAAAAAAAUAUAUAUGGCAAAUUCCCUGAACAUUUAGAAAGCAAUGGACGAACAGUCGCGUCCCUUUUUGUACGAGCAACUCUGCAAAUUAAGACAUUGUCUGGGCAAUCCUGAUUAUGAUUCGCCAUGAAUUGGUUGUUCUCGAUAAUCUUCGACUACGUUUCGAGGAGCUGCAACUCACGGGAGAUUCACGCAAUAAAGACCUUAUGGAGUUUCGUGCCAAUUUGUGUAUGCAUCUCUAUAGAGAACUGGCUAGGAUUGAACCAGAUGAAAACAAACGUUACGUUUACCUAACACUAUGCUACGAACUCCUUGACGCUGGAGAACCUGAUAAUAUGACCGAAGAGGAAACCAUUGAAUAUCGUCUGAAAGUGAUUGACAGCCUCAACAAUCAGGUGAAUAAAUUACUAAAGCAUCUAAAUGAAGUAGACCAAGUUAAGGACAAAAAUAGAAAACAUGUACGUGUUUCCAAAAGGUCAAAGCUAGUUAAAUCGAAAAUAAAAGAGGGUUAUGCUAGAAUUGAUCCCAAACCACAAAAGCAUUGUGAAUUCCAGUGUUUGAACCACCGAUCUGAAUCUUUGGCUAAGAAUAAUAUACUCAAUCAUAGAAAAAUCAUAGAUAACAACAAGAAAAUAAGCCAUGAUUGCGAAACUAAAUUGUUUGGUUGUUCCAGACUUAGUAAGGAAAAAAUAUUGAAAUCAAUCGAUCCAAGUCCAAUUCGUACAACUAUUGAAAGUCAAUCUAUUCCAACAACAUUAAACUUGCCUUCGUCCAAAAAAAUUAACCAUAAUUGCGAAUCUAAAUUGUUUGGUUGUUCCAGACUAAGUAAGAAAAAAAUAUUAAAAUCAAUCGAUCCAAGUACGAUUCGUACAACUAUUGAAAAUCAAUUUAUUCCAUCCAACCAAACAUCUAUGAACUUUACUAAAUCAAACUUACCUCUGCCCACAAGGAGAUCUGAUGGAGAAGACAUUUUAGAAAGUAAUUUACAUAAAAUAAGUAUAUAUAUAAAAAAUGGUUUGGAACAUUCGUACUCAAAUACUGAAUUACUCAGUCAAGAAAUGUCCAAAUACAAGGAUCGCAGUGCUCUAUUAAAUCUUUGUCAAUCUAAUCACUUUAAGCCUAAGCCAAUAAGAAUUGAUUUUAAAAUUGAGUGCUAUUUGAAGAAAGAACCGGUUAUACAAAGAUAUUGUGAUUUAAGGGGUUUGAUGUAUCAGCAUGGAUGUUUGGUGAUCCUUGAACUAAAGGACAAAUAUCAAUAUAAAACCAAAAUAUCAAAAGGCUAUAAAGAUCAAGACAGCAUAUUAAAAGUUAUGAAGAAUUUGUAUUUUAAUUUAAAAAACUCUGAGCGAUAUGUAGUUGAAGAAUUUGCAGGACUUCAAUCUGGGGAAAAUCCCAUACCAAAUUGUAUAACGAAUGAGAGCCAAGCUAAGAACAAGCAAAAUUUUCCUGAAAACUGUGAAUUGCAAGCUAAAUUCCAGACAUCUGGUUGUACUCACAUUGAAGACAAAAGUCUAAACCGUAUGAGGCAUAAGGACGAUUCUAAGGUAGUCAAUGAAGAUAAUGAAAGCAAUAUGCUUUAUACUUCCAAAGAAAUCACAACUACCGAAUCCAGAUUUAAUCGAAAUGAAACAGAUAGAGUUUCGUCAGAAUCCGAUUUUCUUCUGAUUGAAAACAAAAAGGGAAUUUUGAACGGAUAUGAAGGUAAAAAAGUUUCUAUAUCCAAUUUAACAGAUUUCAAAAAGGAAUUCGAAAUCUAUAAAGUUCAAUUAGAUGAACUGCAAUGCAUCCAAACUUCUUUAUCCAGUACUGUUAUCAAUGGCGGACAGAUUGACUAUAUGUCUGAUGUUUCACAGGAUCGACCAAAAUUAUCAAAAUUGGAGAGUGAGUCGGUUUAUGAUGCAGAUAAAAUAUUAGAGGAAAUUUGCAAAAGUGUUGAGUCAUUCACCUUGCCCGAAGAAAGUUCCAAACUUGUGCCAAGGACAGGAAACUAUUUGAGUGCUUGGUCGUCAGACUCAUCGGUUUAUAAUGAUUUUAUUAAAAAAAAAGAAGACAAAGAAUUGUUGCAUGAUUGCCAAGAUAUAAUUAGCCUACAUUCUGAAGAUAGUUUUUACAAGAAUAAUCUUUCCGAAGUCCAUAUUACUAGCGAUUUAAAAUCUACGCAAUUUAAGAGCUUUGUCGUUAUAGAACAUUUGAUAUUCACCCAUUGUCAAAUAAAGGGUUUGAUAUUGAACUAUGGUUUCUUGGAAACAGUCGAAGUGGAAUAUAGAAAUUAUGAAAUUAAUAAUAUUAACCAGCUGAUGAAUGUGAAUGAUAUUUUCGCUAAUGUGCAGUACGCAUUUAACCAAAUUAAAAAAAAUAAUUCUCAAAAUGAGGAAUGUUUUUCCGAAAUUUCCAACAUUCAAGAUUAUUCUAUUUCUUCACGAGAAUCCGCUGACGUUGAAUUCAAAGACCUUUUAACUCCUAGAACAGCAGAUGGAGAAAGUUUUAUGACCUUGUCUGCUAAAAAAAUAGAUAAAGGAUUGGAAAGCUAUAAACAUUUAUUGGAUCAAUUGGAAAAAGUACGUUUGAACUCGAAUCACAGCAUACAACAAAUUUUAGCAAAAGAUGAGACGAAAAUUAAAUCGUUAACUCAAUCGAUGGACAUACAAAACGAACCAUUAAACAUGGAGUUUGAAGAUAUUUUUGAAACCAAUCGUCCAAGUCCAACAUGCAAUGAAUUGAAUAAAUUUGAACACAUCAAUGACAAUGUUGAUAAUUAUGAAUUUGGUUCUUCAAAGAAAUGGCAACAUCAGCGUUACAUUAUAGCCGCACCAGCCAUUAUUGUACAUCUAUUUAAGUCCAAUCCUGCUUAUCAAUGUUCACCUAUCGAGGCUAGUGCUCCGAACUUAUACGAAGAACUAGAACAAUUCUAUGAAAUGAUGGCGCAUCCAAAUAGUUCAUUAACAAAACUCAUAGAUGUCUCAGCUGUUCAAAGGCGUUUGAAAAUGAUCUUAGAUCGUGUAAAGGAGCAACUAGCAGGCAAAAUCUGGCCCAAAAGUUGGCUACAUUUAGUAGGAAAAAUUCAAUUAAGACAAUUGCUUACUAGUAAAGAGAAAGGUGCAUAUGAGGCAAUGCGCUGGCGACUGACUGAUCGUAGUGUUCAGGAGUUGUCAGAUGAUGAACGCCUACGCGAUGCCUUGAAUGCCAUGAUGGGCUAUGAAUGCCGACAAUUAAGAUACUCGUUCAGAACAUCGCAACUUCUGUUACGUUCACCGGAACAACAGCGUAACCUAAGCGAAUCGUAUUUGUUAUUGGCCUUGGGACAUUUGGGUUGUUUAUAUCGAGAGCUGCAACAUCAGCAGAAACAACUUCAAACUUUAGGUAAGAGUGGCAUGGCUUUAGCUCAACGUCAGCGUGAUGAACUUUUGCUAUACAAACAGUUGCAUCGAAAAUAUCAAAAACUUGAAAAACCUGCAACUCUCUUUCAAUUGUGGAAAUCGAGUAGAAAUUUUUCAUCGAAAUUUGAAUGGAUUUUAAAUCUAAAUUGUCUUAUUUUCGAGGAAGCAAAUUUAUUGAGCACACUUUCUAAGGAAUUGUAUCAAGGAAAUUAUGAAAAUUUAUUGCAAAACUGGUUAUUAUUGGUCAGCCAGACCAUGUUAGAGCAUUUAAGCCGAUGGUUACGUUUUGGUGAGCUACUCGAAUCGGAGUCUACAGAGUUUUUUAUUAUUGAAAAUUUGACAUUACCUACGGAGAAUUUCUGGCAGGGACGUUUCACUCUACUAACCAAGAUAGUUCCCUUAUUUUUGAGUAACGAACUUUGCCAUUUAAUUUUAAAUGUUGGAAAAUGUCAUCGAUAUAGCAAAGAAUUUUUAGGAAUUGAUAUUGAAGUACCACUGAACUACCAGAAGCUUGCUAAGGCCUUUCAGCUGACUUACUUGAAUCAUAAUAUGGAACCUUUAAAUGAUCUUGUUGCUUGGGUAAAUCAAGACAUUUCAUCAUAUAUAUUUAGUCAACAUGAGCCGGCCAUUGACCUAUUCUAUAAGCUUUUCAAAUAUAUAUUACUUCGCGAUCUGCAUUUCGUUACUAACUUGAUAAAUCACCUUGAACCUUUACUUGAACAAUCGGUCGAUUUGUUUGAUUUGCAACAGUUUACCUCUGUAUUAGAGCAAAUAUUAACUAAGGAUAACUCUGAGCUUUAUAUGGUGGAAAUUCCUUCAGAGAGUUGUCUAUGUUGGUCAAAGUUUCAAUUAUGCUGGCAUUUAGCUGACAAUUGGAAGGCUCUCAUAGGUCAAAGUGUUCAGACGUAUUCAAAUAUUUUCACAGAUCUUUGGAAAUUCCAUUCUGCCAACUAUAUUCUUUUCGAAAGAAUACUAAGCCAUAAAUAUUAUUUUGGAAGGCGUAUUGAAUUCGAGUAUCUUGCCGAUGUCAAUCAGGUAGAACAACGUUUUCAAGCCUUAAUCGAUUUAUUUAUCAGUGUGAUGAGAGGCCUAAGACAUUACCUAUUGAUUCAGGUUUUAGAUGAAGCUUAUAAUCAAUUAAAUCUAAGAUGCAAUGAAGCCAAGACUUUAGAUGAUAUAGUUCAAGCUCACAAACAGUAUCUAAAUACAAUAGCAAUGGAUUUGUUUUUGACCAAAAAUGGGAGAGAUUGUAAAAUCUGUUUCAAUCAAAUAUACCAUUUCGUAUUCGAUUUGGACAUUGAGCAGCAAAAAUUUUUAUCUGAAUGUCAACAAUUAAUAGAUUGUUUGAGGAGUUUUUCAGACGAGGAACGAUUAUUAAAAUGCCAAUUGCAAUUGCAUUUGGUCUGUAAGCGCACAUGGAAUAUUUUAAAUGACUUGGGACGAAAAUUUUCUAUUAAUUUGAUGGAGCUUAGGGCAAACCUGAAUAGAAAAGGUGAAAGAAAGUUCAAGUUGUUGGCCAAAAAACUGAAUGCUAAUGGCUAAUAUAGGAAUGCUCAAAAGCCACUGCAUAAUUGUUUAAAUUAGUCAACGGAAUUUGCCAAAAACCUAUGUAUGCCAUAUUUUAUUUCUAUUUGUCUCAUGGGUUUUUAU